AUGCCUUACGCGACGCCGAUGAAGUACGGCGAGUGGAUUGUCAACACCAUGGGCAUGCCGUGUUCCAACGCGCCCGGAUACGAGCCAGGCAGUUCUAUGCGUGAUUUGGUGAUCAUUGAUUCUGCAGGGCUUGUGUGGAACGAGGAUGGUACACUGCCAGCGGUCAUCCACCAGGGCAAGGUCUGCUGGGAGAACUACAUCAUCCCCCACGUCGUCGAUAAUUUUAGCGGGACUGGCAACUCAAGCACCUACGCUGCGACACUCUCGAAAAUGCGCAGAAGUGCGGCGUUUCCAGGCUGA